AUGUCUUUCAGUAGAGAAUCCGAUUCUAAACUCAAGUUCAAAACUUCGUCAAAACUGAAGGUCUGUGCGAGCUUCGAAGCGAUGAACUUGAAAGAUGAUUUACUCCGGGGCAUAUAUUCAUACGGAUUUGAAGCACCAUCAGCGAUUCAGUCGCGAGCCAUCACGCAAAUCAUUUCUGGUCGUGAUGUUAUUGCCCAGGCACAGUCAGGGACCGGUAAAACGGCAACGUUCACUAUUGGAAUGCUGCAAGUAAUAGAUUUUAAGUCCAAAGAACUGCAAAGUAUGGUACUGUCGCCCACGCGAGAACUAGCAAAGCAAAUUUCUCAGGUAGUGGGAAACCUGGGAGACUACAUGAAUAUCACAGCACACGCGGUCACUGGUGGAAGCAAGACAAUGCAGGGCGAAAACAAGAAGCUGACCCAUGGUUGCCAUGUAGUGAGUGGCACUCCUGGGCGUGUGCUUGAUCUGAUCAAAAGACGCAUCUUGAAUACGAGACAUUUGAAACUACUGGUGUUGGACGAAGCAGAUGAGUUGCUAAGCGAGACGCUGGGGUUCAAAAAUCAAAUUUACGAUAUUUUUGCCAAACUGCCGAGAUCCGUCCAGGUGGUGGUGGUAAGCGCUACAAUGAGCAGAGAUAUUCUUGAGAUCACCAGAAAGUUUAUGAACGAUCCCGUGAAAAUCCUCGUCAAGCAAAACGAGAUUUCCCUCGAGGGUAUCCAGCAAUUCCACGUUAAUGUGGACCGCGAAGAGUGGAAAUUUGACACCUUGUGCGACUUGUACGAUUCCCUCACAAUCACCCAGUGUGUGAUUUUCUGCAAUACGAAAAAAGUCGUGGACUGGCUAUCAACAAAGCUGGCUCAAGCCAAUUUCGCGGUAUCUGCGAUGCACGGCGACAUGAAGCAAGAAGACCGCGACCGGGUGAUGAACGAUUUUCGAUCAGGUAACUCGCGCGUUCUCAUAUCCACAGACGUUUGGGCUCGUGGGAUCGAUGUACAACAGGUGUCCUUGGUGAUCAACUACGAUUUACCAGAGCUUUUGGAGAACUACAUUCACCGUAUUGGCCGUAGUGGCAGAUUUGGACGCAAAGGUGUGGCUAUCAAUUUCAUAACCCGAGACGAUCACAAACGGUUGCACGAAAUAGAAGCCCAUUACAGUGUCAAGAUCCGCGCCAUGCCAGCCAAUCUACGAGAUUUGACGUAG